ACAGCAGGUAACGUACGAGUGGAACCAUUUCAUUUUGUUUCUGUACGGAAAGUUUGACUGACGUGAGGCUAGAUCGGCAGGAUGAAGGUUGCUCUGUUUUUCCUGGCGUUUGUGGUCGUGGCGAAGGGUCAGGUGUGGAACCCGCUGGCGAUCUGCACGUCCGACGCCUCCUGUCCGGACCAGAACCGGUACUGCUGCCGCUCCAACACCGUCUUCCUCGGACUGCCUGUGUGUGAGAUGCGCCCCCAUCUUGGCUGGCCCUGUGACGCCACUCUGCAGACGAGCUGUGAGUGUGUGCAGAUGACCGUCUGUUACAAGGGAGUCUGCGUACUGGAGACAGAAGUGCCGGAGGGAUCUGGAGUGGAGGGGCUCUAAACUGGCAAACUCACGCACAAAUGCGCCUACACAGACCUGGUUUUAGAUUAAAUGCAUUGAAUCUGUA